AUGAUGAGUGUUUUGGCUAUAAAUGUAGUCAAAGGGGAAGAAUUAGAGGCAGAUUUAUGGAUGGAAUCGUCGGACCCUUCAUCAGUGGUGGAGUCUGUAGAGCCCGAGUGCUCGACAAUUGGGUUUAUUGAAUGCCAACUCUACCAAUUGGUCAACCCGUGUCCCGAAAGUUACUUCUGUCACAAUUCCAGUGCUAUUGAAAAACCCAACUAUGGUUUGUGUAGACGAGUGAAGGAGACCUGUGUUCCCGACGGCAAACAAUGCUGUCAUGACAUCGACUGUUGCAUCGAAAAUGAAUUGACGGCUCCUCUCAAUUGUGUCGAUCAAAUUUGUCGCGUUUUGUUUUAUUAAUAUUUUAUUUGAUUAAU